GGAGGGUCAGUCCCCGCCCGCUCUGGCCUGAGGAUCCUGCUCGCACAGCCAGGUGAUCCCGCGGCCUGUCCAGGCCGGCGCUCAGGCGCUGGCGCCUCCUCGCCCGCCCGCGGAGCAGCGCCCCUGGGAUGGCCUCGCUGCUGCUACUGCCACUGCUGCUGAUGCUGCCGCUCCCGGCUGGUGCCAACUGCCCGUGCCAGGAUCCAGCGCUCUGCCAACCCAUCCAACGCCACCCCGACUUCGAGGUCUUUGUGUUUCAUGUUGGUGACAAAACUUGGAAAUCUUAUGACUGGUCACAGAUUACAACUGUGGCAGUCUUUGGAAAAUAUGACCCAGAACUUAUGUGCUAUGCUCAUUCAAAAGGGGCCAGAGUAGUGCUAAAAGGAGACGUGUCGGUAAAGGAGAUUGUCGAUCCUACUUUCAGAGCAUCCUGGAUAGCGCAACAAGUGAACUUGUGCAAAACACAAUACAUGGAUGGAAUUAAUAUAGACAUAGAGCAAGAAGUUAAUCGUUCUUCACCUGAAUAUGAUGCAUUAACUGCUUUAGUCAAAGAAACUACAGAUUCUUUCCAUCGUGAAAUUGAGGGAUCACAGGUAACAUUUGAUGUAGCUUGGUCUCCAAAGUGCAUAGACAGAAGGUGCUAUAAUUAUACUGGAAUUGCAGAUGCUUGUGACUUUCUCUUUGUCAUGUCUUAUGAUGAACAAAGUCAGGUCUGGUCAGAAUGUAUUGCAGCAGCCAAUGCUCCCUAUAAUCAGACAUUAACUGCAUAUGAUGACUACAUCAAGAUGGGCAUUAACCCUAAGAAACUUGUAAUGGGUGUUCCCUGGUACGGUUAUGAUUAUACCUGCCUGACUUUAUUGGAGGAUCAUGUUUGUACCAUUGCAAAAGUCCCUUUCCGGGGGGCUCCUUGUAGUGAUGCAGCAGGACAUCAGGUGCCCUAUAAAAUCAUUAUGAAGCAAGUAAACAGUUCUAUUUCUGGAAUCCAGUGGGAUGAAGGUCAAAAGGCUCCUUACUAUAACUAUAAAGAUGCUGCUGGCCGUAUCCAUCAAGUGUGGUAUGAUAACCCACAGAGCAUUUCUUUAAAGGCAGCGUAUAUACAAACGCACGGCUUACGCGGCAUUGGCAUGUGGCACGCAAACUGUCUUGACUACUCUGGAGAUGCUGUAGCCAAACAGCAAUCUGAAGAAAUGUGGAAAGCCUUAAAACCAAACUAUGUUCAUGUAUAAACAUGAACAUCUUUUGUUCAACGAUUAAGAUUUAGAAUAUUAUCUGUAUAAACAAAUCUAGUUUCAAAGAGAUAAAAUAUAUACACAUUUUUCUCAUGUUGCUAUGUGUUGUAGUUAUUAGAAUACUCAAAAACAAAUAUAUUCUUUGAUUUUUUUAAUUUGAAAUAUAUAUAUAUGUAUGUAUAUAUAUGUUAAGUAUCCAGAAACAUAAAAGAAACACAUUCUUAUUAUAUUAAAUAUUCCUCUAUAUUUUAAUAGUAUAUGUAUUUGAACAUGUAUUUUAAUAAAGUAGGAACAAUUGCUUUUUUUAUUAUGCUAAAUUGUUCCCCAUGAUACUAAAAUAUAUGCUUAAAAAUCAAUCCUAAUUUUUAAAAUAUGCAAAUUUGAAGUCAUAUAUGUUUGCUUAGCAUAGAUUUUUAAAAACCUAGUCAUUGAGAAUCAGUUGUUCUGCAAUUUUUUUUUUUUGGGGGGUGUAAAUCUGAAUUUAAAACCUGCCAUUUAAGUGUAUCCUUUUUAGGUGAAUUGAUCUCCUGGAAUAAUUUUAUGCUUCCUGAUUUUGUAUAGUACUCACAUUCUCUUGAAUUAAACUCACUUAACCCUGAAGGGAAUUAAAAAAAAGAAUAUAAGGAUUAAAAUACUCACAAAAUACAGAUAGUGAAAUUGUUAAUAUUUGGAAUUAGUAGGUUAGAGCUACCUAAUAUUUUCCAGCUGUAUUAUUUUUCAUCAGGUUAUAUCUGACAUUUACUAAAAACAGGAAAAGCUUGCUGCUGAACCUGAUUCUAUCCAUGAUCAUUUACUCUUCCAUUAUUCAUAUUCCUUUACUUGUGGACAUCUAUGUUUUAUUUCUUGGCUAAUUUUUUUUCAUAGUUAAAUUUUUUUUUAUAUAUCUGCAUUUUACUUUUAACUAUUUUAUGACAUUCGUUUCUCAAGUAGUUGCUUUCUAAAACAGACAUUUUUGUGCAAAGAACUUUUCUAAAUGUACAGAGGUCUCUAUUUUCUUUCUCAAGGCAAUUAAGAACACUGUGUUGUACUUAUAUUUUUCCCUAUAAAUUCUUAGAUUAAAAGAUUGCAUCCUUGAAGUCUGGAGUUACAUAAAUGCUACCUUCCCUGCACAUUUUUUCCCCUCCAAAUUGAAAGAAAUGAUGAUUCAGUCAUUUUUUUAUGAGAAUAUUUCAAUUCAUACUUACACAAUUAUUCAUGGCAUUGUAGAACCAACCAUUUUCUAUACAUUUGCUGAAUUUCUAAUGUCUUUGUAUUUCCAAAAUAAAUUACUAAAAAAUUUAAAUUCUUAGACACUAAAUUGUAUCAUAGCUCUAGAUGCAAGUUCAAUAUCCCUAUUGCUUUUUUUUUCCAGAUUGUUUUAAUUAAAAUACAAUGAAUAAAUUAAACUGUCUCUAUUUACAAGCAAUAUUUGAAUAUUUACUAAAUGAUGAUUUUUUAUUAAAAUUUACAGUCAUAUUUACAGUUAUUUUAUAGUCAACUGUACAGUUAUUAAAAUUUAAGACUAUUUCAAAAUGAAAAGUAUGAAAUAUAGUACUGUCAAUAUAUGUAACAG